AUGAUACCUUGCUCUGAUGAUGUUCGUCAUGUGACGGAUGAAAGCUCAGCACCUUUUCACCGAAACCGAAGGAUAUUGCCUCGGAAACAGCGUCAGCAGGAAUCUUCCAAUAAAGCCAAUCGACAGCUGGUCAAGAGGAAUCCGCCGUCGUCUUCUGGUGGAGCCGAGCUUCGAGUCUCUUCACCCAACACUUUCACUCGAAAUGGAAUUAAGCUCAACAACAAGGUUUUUUAUGAUGCCAAUACGUAG